AUGAACGUGAACGCUCGCCGGGAGUGCAUCGCCCGGAAAGUGCAAAAUGCAGACACAGUGUGCGUCUGUAACGCCACAUAUUGUGACGACUUGCCGGCCGUCCAGAGACCACAACCGGGUUUUGCCACAGUUUUCGAGAGCAAUAAACAGGGGCUUCGGUUCCGGGAAACGGCCCUCAAGUUUGACUCAAUGGCCAGUCAGUCAACCGCCGAUCAAAGCGUCACAAUAACUAUAAACAGGACUCAGAGAUAUCAGUCUGUAUUGGGUUUUGGGGCCGCCUUUACGGACAGCACCGGACAAAUGCUUAAGUCUGUCAACCAAUCGUUGGCUGAUUUGCUAAUUGAGAGCUAUUUCUCGGCCAACGGUAUUGAGUACUCGAUGGGACGCAUACCGAUCGGCGGCACCGACUUCUCCGACCGGCCCUACAGUUACGACGACACCGACGACGACCUGGAGCUCAAACACUGGGCCCUUCAGAGAGAGGACACGGAGUGGAAGAUACCGUUCAUAAAACAGGCGCUGAAAGUGAGUCCACAUAAACUGCGACUCUUCGGCAGCCCCUGGAGUCCUCCCGCGUGGAUGAAGACUAACCAUCGGUUCAACGAAAGCGGUGUUUUGAGGGGCGAUGUCGGCGGUCAGUACUACCAGUCGUGGGCCAACUAUUUUGUCAAGACUCAGGCGCGACAGUUGUGCUCAAAGACCGACAGCCGACGGAUGCAGGAGUUGUUCCGUUCGGCCGAACGUACGAACGCCGCCCGCAAUGAAUACCAGCGCUGUAUUAACUCAACGGUUGACAUACUCUCAGGCGUUAAGACUAUGGAUGACAAACAAAAACUGCCAUUUCUUUGCUGGGUUAAUUUCUAUGUGGUUACUAAACUAAAGGGAAUCACUAUCAUUUAA